GAGCACCAGCCAGCUGCCAGGCCCUGCUCUAGUUUCUGGGGACACUGUGGGGACAACACCCCCAAUCAGGCCUAGAACCACUACCCAACCUGGCGGUCUCUGGGGCCUGUCUGCUGCCUCCACAUCAACCAGGCUGUUUACUGAGCAGUUUGUUCUGAGCUGGACAUCGAGCCUCUGGUCUCUGAAGAAACCAUGGCAGUGGUACCCGAACUCGUCAAUGAAAUGAUUUACUACAGUGGCAACGAGGAUGACUUGUUCUUUGAGGCCAGUGACCCCAAACAGAUGAAGAACUGCUUCCAAGACCUGGACCUGUGCUGUCCAGAGGGGGCCAUCGAGCUGCAAAUCUCCCACCAGCACUACAACCACAAUUUCAGGCAGGUUGUGUCGAUCAUCGUGGCCAUGGAGAAGCUGAGGAAGAAGAUGCUAGUUCCCUGUGCAAAGGCCUCACAGAAUGGUGACCUGAGCAGCCUCUUGUCCCUCAUCUUUGAAGAAGAAUUUGUCAUAUGGGAUGAUGCUCAUGAAUGCGACGCGGUACGGUCGCUGAACUGCACGCUCCACGAUACAGAACAGAAAUGCCUGGUGCUGUCCGGCCCGUAUGAACUGAAAGCUCUCCACCUCAAUAACCAGAAUCUGAACAAACAAGUGGUGUUCUCCAUGAGCUUUGUGCAAGGAGAAGAAAGUAAUGACAAAAUACCUGUGGCCUUGGGCCUCAAGGAUAAGAAUAUGUAUCUGUCCUGCGUGAUGAAAGACAAUAAGCCCACCCUGCAGCUAGAGAGUGUAGACCCCAAAAUCUACCCAAAGAAGAAGAUGGAAAAGCGAUUUGUUUUCAACAAGAUAGAAAUCAAGAACAAGGUAGAAUUUGAGUCUGCCAACUUCCCAAACUGGUACAUCAGCACCUCUCAAGCAGAAAACAUGCCUGUCUUCCUGGGAGAUGGCCAAAACGGCCAGGACAUAACUGACUUCACCAUGGAAGUCAUGUCUUCCUAAAGAGAUCUGUACCUAAGGGACCCCGUGUGCUGCAUGUAGAUUCAACUUCUCAAUCUGGUGGAAGGGGAAUCGAAGGGUUCUGAGCAUGGCCUCAGGCUGGUCUUUACUGUUGCCUACACUGAUGCCCUGCUGUAUUCCCUAGGACAGUACUAGGGAGACCUCCCGCCCACCAGCCAAGAGGAACAGCUCUCUCUCCCGGAGCCAACCCUCAGACCCUCUGCUGACCCAGGCCUCUCUCAUUUCACCUACUCACUCAACCAUGGCACAUUCAGUUCAAAGAAAUCCUCUGUCCUUUGCUCCCAGCUCCUGAAGAGCGACCACUUUAUUUAUUUAUUUAUUGACUGAUUGGUUUGGUCUAUUUAAUUCAAGGGGCCAAGAAGCAGCAGCGUCUAUGAAAGAGCCCCAUUCUUAAUAUCUAUGGAAUCAAUUCAGUUUGGACUGGUAUGCUGUCUUUAAAUCAAGUCCUUUUGACACAGCUGAAAAUACCUAAGCUCAGAUUAUUUAAAUGGGAAUAUUUAUACAUGAGGAGGUAUGAUCACACUGU